CAUGCUUCGCCGACGCCCGCCGCCGACGCCAACUUCCAUCCGCACACAAACACCGCACUCUACACACCCAGCAUCCAGCACACACCUACCACGCUCUCGACCUCUCGCACCGUAAUCAAUUACACACCAUGGGAAAACGCAAGUCGGCGCGCAAGCCGCAAGGGCCCAAGAAGCGCGAACCUCUAUCAACAACGUUCAACUGCCUCUUCUGCAACCACGAAAACGCCGUGACAUGCAAGCUCGACAAGAAAGCCGGCAUCGGCACGCUCUCCUGCAAGAUCUGCGGCCAGCAGUUCCAAGCCAGCAUCAACUACCUCUCCCACGCAGUCGACGUGUACAGCGACUGGAUCGACGCCUGCGACGAGAUCGCGAACCCGCGACCACUGAAGAGCGGCGGCGUGGGCGGCCUAGAGCGGCGCGGCGCGGCGCGCGGCAGCCAGAGCCAGGGACAGAGCCAGGCGCGGCAGUCAGAGUACGCACGCGACGAGGCUGACAAGGGCGCCGGUGCGGAUGACGUCGGCGACGUCUCCGACCUAGAGGACUUUGAUGAUGACGACGAUGAGGAUAUGAAACUUACCCGUGGGGGAGGGGGCGGGGGAGCGAAGAGGCAGACAGUGCUGAGUGAUGAGGAGGAGGAGGAUGAUGACUAUUGAGCUGGCGCGGGGGAAAAGUGCUUUGGAGUAGGCGGCGUGUCUUUGAGACCCGGGAAUGCCGGAUUGUAUACAUACGUGUCUUUUUUUUUCUUCGCGCGAGUUUAUGUGAUUAGAAUUUAUACGUACGGGUGGCGAGUGGUCGGAAUCAUGUGGUGUCACUCGGGGCGGCCAUCGUUGGACGGGGUGAUUCAAGCAGAUAUGGGGAACGGCAAAAGGGCAAUGCUACCUUGUUCACACAGGGGUACUAUUACGAAAUGUCAGCCGCGUGGUGAGAGAGAUACCGGGCUCUGGCCAAGUGAGAAACAUGAAAGGUGGAAUGGAAUGGGCAUGUACAGUACAAAAAGUACGGGAAUCCAGGAUAAUAAGUAGGAACCCCGAAUGCCAUAGGUACAUACCUACCUGGUAGACAAAGAAC